CAAACCCAUAGAGGAGGAGGAGACGAGGAGAGACUCUCGCAUGACCUUCCCCAGCUGAUCAAGUCAAGAUGGCUGCCUCUCUCACCUCCCUUGCCCGGCGCACCAUUUCCACCUCCCUGCGGAACUAUGCCGCCUCUGGAGCCGCCCACGGCCACGAAGGUGGAACCAAGCAGUGGAAGAUGGUGUCCCUGCUGGUAGCCAUGCCCGCCAUCGCCCUCUGCAUGUUCAACGCUUUCUCCGGCGACCAUGACCACCCUCCAGAGUUUGUCCCCUACGAGCACCUCCGUCUGCGCACCAAGAGGUUCCCAUGGGGCGAUGGCAACAAGUCCCUCUUCCACAACCCCCACGUCAAUGCUCUUCCCGACGGCUACGAAGAGCAUUAAGGAACCCACGUCUUGUACCAUCGUAGGAGCAACACAGCAGGAACACAGCGAAGUCCAACGACAGGUGGCAGGAUCAGUGGAGUGCUUCGUCAGCUAAAUCAGCGAUCAACUCAAUCUAUUAGUAGUGUUUUGAGUUGAGGAAAGUGGGUUUUUGAGUUCCAUCAUAGAGGCAACACAGCGAGAUCGAACGACAACAAAGAUAACAAGAUCAGUACAGUUUUUCGUUGACUAAAUUGCUUGUCAACUCAAUCUUCUAGUAGUGUUUUGAGUUGAAGUUAAAGAAUAUGGGUCUGAGUACCUUAGAAGCAACACAGCGAAAUCUAACAAUUGACAGAAGCAGUGGAGUGUUUCAUCCACCAAAUUGCCUGUCAACUCAAUCCAUUAAUCUUGAGUUGAGGUUGAAUAUGGAUCUUUGAGCAGUCAUAGGAGAAACACAAAAUCAAAACAAAGAUGAGGGGACCAGUGCAGUGUUUAGUCAGCAGAAUCACCCAUCAACUCAAUCCGCUGGUAGUGUUUGAGCUGACCUCCCGCUGUGGCUGUGUUGUGUACUGCUUGCAACACACAUGAAGAGAAAAAGAAAUGAAGGGUUUGUAUAUAUUGAAUGUGUACGUGUGUGUGUUACAUUUUGGAUUAUUUCUAUUAUUAUUAUUGAUUUUUUUUUAAAGAGAGAGGUGGAUAAAUAAAGACUGUAAAAGUGUAAA